GCUAUAGAGAUCCGGAGUAGACCAAGUCAGAGAAUGGGUAGGAGCAGUGGUAGUUGAGCGCGUAGAGCUGCUCCAUGAGGAAGGCGAUAAGCUAGUCCAUAUACUUUCCGCGCACAUAUAGUUCCCGCGCACCCCACCACAACGCGUACCUCUGUUUUUGAAGCUAUCUAUUGUCAACGCCACAUACCCAAAAUGGAUCCCAAGGAAGUUGCUAUCCAAUCUGCUAUUGAUGGUCUCGUUUCUGGUGUUUUUAGGAGCCAGCGGAAGGCGGCUGCUGCGUGUGGGAUCCCUGAAUCGACGCUGCGAGGCCGGCUACGCGGUCAACAACCACACGCGAUAGCUCACUCAAAUCAACAACGAUUGACGCCGGAGCAGGAGAACUUCCUAGUAGAGUGGAUACUGGAAGAGGACUCACGUGCACAGCCACCAUCUCAUCCCCGUGUGAGAGAGAUGGCCACCCGAAUCCUCCAUAUGAACGGCGACCACGAGCCACU